AAUUCGAAAUUAUUGUAAUUGGUUAAAGACUUCAGAACUUUAAUUACUCUGUACUUAUUUAACAUGGAAAGCGUAAACGUAAUAACAAUUCCGAGUGAUAUGUUAAAGCUUAUUCCUCUUUUUGGUGGAGACAAAAGAAUUUUGAAUCUAUUCUUUCGAAAAUGUGAAUAUAUAAUUAAUAAAUUUAGAGGGCAUGAAGAACAGAAUAUUUACGUUUUACAUGCCAUAACUAGUAGAUUAAUAGGCGAUGCCGCCGCGUUAUUAUCCGAGCGCGAAGACAUUAAUACUUGGCCCGCUUUAAAGGAAUUACUAGAACAGCAUUUUGGUGAUCCGCGUAGUGAGGAUUGCAUAAAAAUCUCUCUCGAGUCCUGUAAAAUUAAAUCCGGCGAAAGUUACCUUGAAUUUUGUAAUAGGAUACAGAAUAUUCGAUCAUUAUUAAUAUCGAAGGUAAAUUUAUCGGUAGAUAUGGAAAUUAAACGCGCGAAAAUUGCGAUUUAUAAUCAUACAGCCCUGAACGUUUUCUUAUAUAAUUUGCCCGAAAGCAUGGUGCGUAUUGUUAGACUGAAAUCACCUAGUACAUUGGAACAGGCUUUAGAAAUCGUUUUAGAAGAAGUUAAUUUUCACGAGCAAUACCAAUCUCGCAAUCGUAUCCAUAGUAAUACGGUGCCGAAACAAACGCCUAACGUUACGGUGCCUCAAUUUUUACAAAAUAAUCCUCAACAAAGAUCUAAUUUUGGGAUACCAAAUGUACCUCAAAAUGCACAGCAGGCAAAAUUUGGUUUUAAAUUUACACCUCAACAACCGUUUAAUAAAAACCCACAGUUCGGGUAUAGGCCAACAUUUAAUCAAAACCCAAAAUUUGGUUAUAGGCCUCCUCAAACUUUUGGUAUGACGCCACAGAAUUUCGGUCAAAGACCUCCUCAAAAUAACCACUUUGAGUCUACUGACGUUUCCAUGAGGACGGCACCCCCUCGACCACAAAAUAUAACUCAGCCAGGUUUUAGAGUGAACGAAACCGACUUACAUAAUGACAAUAAUUAUUACUAUGACUACAAUCCUUACCACUAUACGAAUUACUAUAGCUAUAAUCCUUACGACUAUACGAAUUACUAUGGAUGUAAUCCUUACGAUACGAAUUACGAAUACGAUGAGAAUGAGAUUUAUACACCCACUGACGAUACCCAAGACAUUAAUGUGCAUCCGUCUGAUGAAGAAAAUUUUCGAACGAAAGCCUCUACAAAGAAAAAAUCAUAGAGUUAAAUUGCAAUCCAAGUCUGAAAUUGCCACACAUUUAUAUUCCUGAAAAUAAUUCCAAAUUUAUGAUUGAUACUGGGAAACAAAAUUUAAACGCGGACGCUUUAUCUAAAAUUAGGGUUAACGCUACGCAUUCCGAUAACGAAAACGAAUCUAUGGUUGUUAAUAUAGGCGAUAGAGACAAUAGGCCAAGAACGCGUAACGACUCUAGUACAAUUACUAUAUCAGAACGCGAUUCUAGUGAAACGAUAUCUAUUCCCGACUCUGAAACUCUA